AUGGCUCCUCAACCCGCGAGCGAGCUCGCCAGAUCAGCGGAGACGGCCCAGCGCGCGGCCGAGAACGCGCGCGCAAACGAGAAGUGGGUCACUUGCGACGCGUGCAAGACCAAGGAGCUCGCCUCGCUCGAGGCCGCCGCGACGGAGGCUUCCAAGGCGGCCGAGACGGCCCAGCGCGCGGCCGAGAACGCGCGCGCGAACGAGAAGUGGGUCACUUGCGACGCGUGCAAGACCAAGGUGCAGCGUGCGCUCCUUAAGGCGAUCGAGAGCAACUCGCUGCGCGCCGUCGAGUCCGCCGUCAAGAAGGGCGCCGACCCGCUGCUGCCCGGCGAGCACGCCAACACGCCGCUCCACAUCGCGGCGAUGUAUGGCUCCCUGCGCGUGAUCGGCUACUUGUGCGAGGCGAGGGCCGACCUGACGGCGUGCAACAGGGGCGGGAGGACGCCGCUCGAGUCGGCGCAGAAGGUCGGCGAGCCAAAGGCGAUCGCGAUGCUGCAGGCCUUUGCGGGCGGCUCCGGCCUCUGCGCAGCACUCGCCUGGUCGCCCGGCGAGGCGCGGCGCCUCUCCUUCCACCAGUUCUGCACGUUUGGCGCCCCGGACGCCGCUGCCGCGGCGAGCGACGGCGCGCCGCUUCGCCUGAGAGCGCCUAAGAGCGCCUGA